CUACGGUUCGGUCCCAACGGCGGCCUCGUGUUCUGCAUGGAAUACUUCGCCAAUAACUUCAGCUGGCUGGAGGAAAGCCUCGGGCAUGUGGAGGAUGACUACGUGCUGUUUGACUGCCCAGGUCAGAUCGAGCUCUACACACAUCUGCCGGUGAUGAAACAGCUGGUGGAGCAGCUCCAGCAGUGGGAAUUCCGUGUCUGUGGAGUUUUCCUGGUGGAUUCUCAGUUUAUGGUGGAAUCCUUUAAGUUUAUCUCUGGAAUUCUGGCAGCUCUCAGUGCAAUGAUAUCUUUAGAGAUUCCACAGAUUAACAUUAUGACCAAAAUGGAUUUGCUGAGCAAGAAAGCCAAGAAGGAAAUAGAAAAGUACUUGGAUCCAGAUAUGUAUUCUAUGAUUGAAGAUUCUACAAAUAUAUUGAAAAGCAAAAAGUUUAAAAAGCUGACUAAAUCCAUAUGUGGAUUGAUUGAUGACUAUGGUAUGGUUCGAUUUCUCCCUUUUGAUCGCUCUGAUGAGGAAAGCAUUAACAUAGUCCUGCAACACAUAGACUUUACCAUUCAGUAUGGAGAAGAUCUUGAAUUUAAAGAACCAAAGGAAUGUGAAGAAGAUAAAUCUGCCCUUGUGGAUGAAUACUUUCAAGAUCAUGUGGAUGAGUGAAAAAUGGAUGGUCAAAUAUGGGAGGAGAAAAUACCUGUAUUGGGAUAUUUGGGUUUGUGUUAAAAAAUGAAAAAAACCACUCCUACACAAACAUACUCAAUGUUUUAUCUGUAAGAUAACUAAUAUUUAUAAUAAAGUGAGCUAUAUCAUCUUGUAACUAUUUUAAUAAACAAUUUUUAUUCUG